AUGCUGCGCAACUCAAUUGCGCCGUCCCGAGGACUGGGCUCGUUGGCCCGGCACAGGCUCACCACAUCCGGACGAAACCUCAUAACCAAGAGGAGCUACAUUAAAGGUAAAAGCGCCGUCUGGCCUUCUGGGAGGUCAAUUGCCAGUGUACUGCCAGCCCGAAAAACCUCAUGUGCCACAUUUACUACCAGCGCAACCUGUGGGAAUGAGCAAAGUAUUCGAUCACCGCCAUCCCCAUCUUCUGCCUCAGCUAUAUCGCCCGAAGGUAUUUCGAAACCAGCCUCUUCUUCACCUGCUGGCCAGACUUCUCCUGUCUCCUCGGUAAACCCGCCUGAGCCCCCGAAGGCUCAGACCGGCGCUCCUCCACCUCCACCUCCACCUCCACCUCCUGCUCCUAAGGCCAAGGGAAGAUUCGGCAGGUCACUGCUGUACCUUGUUCUCACGGCUGGAGUUGCCUAUGCCGGGGGAGUGUGGUUUUCUCUCAGAUCCGAUAACUUCCAUGACUUCUUUACCGAGUAUGUUCCCUACGGCGAGGAGGCUGUAUUGUACUUCGAGGAACUUGAUUUCCGCCGUCGUUUCCCCAAUGCUACCCGGCAUAUCAACACUCGUCCCGCAGCUCCCCGCGACGAAGGCGUAAAAGUGACUAUACCCAGCAAGAGCGGUGUUUCAUGGAAGGUCGCUGAGAAUGACGGUACCAGUGAUGUAACUCACAAGGGAAAACAUAUGAGUGCCGUGGAUGCUGAAGUUCCUCGUGCCAGUGGAGAUGCAAAGUCUACGACAAAUAAACCCAUUACCGAGGACAAGAACGACUCUGAAAAGACCGUUUCGAAGAAGGAAGAAAGCAAGGAAAGAAUCCCUGUUACAGAAACUAAGAAAUCGACCGUUUCACUUGAUGAGCCAAGGAAGCCAGCAGUUGCUACUGUCGCAAGCAUUGAGCCAUUGGCAGCCCUACAAGAUGACCCGAUCAUCCAGGAAUUGACCAAGAUUGUCAAUGGACUUAUUGCUGUUAUAAACGCGGAUGAGUCUGCUUCUAAGCUUGCUGCUCCUAUUGCAAAGGCAAAGGAUGACUUCCUGAAGCUCGGAGAGCAAAUUUCCAGUAUCAAGAAGGAGGCACAUGCUGCAGCUCAGGAGGAAAUCCAGAAUGCUCACAAGGAGUUUGAGCGCUCUGCUACUGAACUUGUUCGACGAAUCGAUGAGGUUCGCUCAGAAGAGGCCGCUGAAUACCGUGAAGAAUUUGAGACAGAACGCGAGAAGCUCGCGAACUCUUACCAGGAAAAGAUUAAGACCGAGAUUGAGCGAGCCAACGCAGUUGCUGAGCAGCGACUUCGAAAUGAGCUAGUUGAACAGGCCAUCGAGUUGAACCGCAAGUUCCUUAGUGACGUUGACACGCUGGUUGAAAAAGAGCGUCAAGGCCGCUUUAGCAAGCUCUCUGAGCUAUCGGCUCAGGUUGCCGAACUUGAAAAGCUAACUGCAGGAUGGAACGACGUUAUUGGUGCCAACCUGACUACCCAGCAGCUUCAAGUCGCUGUUGAUGCUGUCCACAGUGCCCUUGAGAGUGAGAGCAUGCCUAGGCCAUUCAUCAACGAACUUCUUGCGGUUAAGAGCCUUGCUGGCCAAGAUCCAAUUGUCAAUGCCGCUAUUUCCUCGAUAAACCCCACUGCCUAUCAGCGUGGAAUUCCAUCUACUGCCCAGAUAAUUGAUCGAUUCAGACGAGUUGCCAACGAAGUCCGCAAGGCAAGUCUCCUCCCUGAGGAUGCGGGAGUAGCCAGUCACGCUACUAGCUACCUGAUGAGCAAGGUCAUGUUCAAGAAAGAAGCGUCCUCCAGCGGAGAUGACGUUGAGAGCAUACUCACCCGCACAGAGAAGCUCCUUGAACAAGGAAACCUCGACGACGCGGCUCGUGAGAUGAAUGCCCUUCGCGGAUGGUCGAAACUGCUAAGUAAGGAUUGGCUGGCGGAUGUAAGAAGAGUUCUGGAAGUUAGACAAGCCCUGGAGGUCAUUGAAACCGAAGCCCGUCUUAAGUGCCUCCAGGUCGAGAGCUUGGGACACUAG